AGCGGCUGUCGUGGUCGGUGCCGCGCGGCCGCCGGAGCUCCCGGCGGUGUCCCUGCCCCGGCAGCCUCCCUCCCCGGCACUCUGCCAUGGCGGAGGCGGCCGGUGACGCGGGGCUGGGGCCGGGUCGGGGUCCGGGUCCAGCCCAGGAGGGCGCGGAGCUCGCGGCCGUUAUCGGCGCCACCGUGCCCACGGGGUUCGAGCAGACGGCGGCCGAGGAGGUGCAGGAGAAGCUGGGCUCGGCCUCCAGGAUCAGCAGGGACCGGGGCAAGAUCUACUUCGCGGUCCCGGCCCGGAGCCUGCCGCAGGUCCACCGUCUGCGGUCAGUGGAUAAUUUAUUUGUUGUUGUCGAAGAGUUCAAAGACUAUCAAUUUAAAGAAAAUAAGGAAGAAGCUUUAAAGGAUUUGGAAGGUUUGGUUAAAAAGCUGCCCUGGACCGAUCCGUUGAAAGUUUGGGAGCUGAACAACAGCUUAAAAAAGAAAAAGACAAAACGCAAAAAACACAAUUUGCAGAGUCCUGCAAGCAAAGAGAAGCUGAAUGAUGGUGGAGAAGAAGGAGGAGCAGACCAAAAAGACACUAAUGACCAGGAGGGCUGUGCCCAAAGCAUUGUGGGUGUGGCUAGCAGCCAGGAUACAGAGAAGCCCCAAGGGGUGGCAUCCCAAAAUGGGGGAGAGGAGGAAGAGGAGGAUAACGAGCAAUUGGAUGCGAGGGACGAAGUGCAGGCGAGUUCUGGGAGUAGUACCAAGGCUGGUGAUGGUCAGGCAGCUGAAGGAGAGGCAAAGGUGCUGAAGUUCCGAGUGACGUGCAACAGAGCUGGAGACAAGCACAGCUUCACAUCAAACGAGGCUGCGAGAGACUUCGGUGGAGCCGUGCAGGAGCACUUCCAGUGGAAAGCUGACAUGACGAACUUUGAUGUGGAGGUUCUUCUGAAUAUUCACAACAAUGAAGUGGUGGUGGGGAUUGCAUUAACUGAAGAGAGUCUCCACAGGCGGAAUAUCACACACUUCGGACCCACAACGCUGCGUUCGACUCUGGCUUACGGCAUGCUCAGACUCUGUGAUCCCCAGCCCACGGAUAUCAUAGUUGAUCCCAUGUGUGGUACAGGUGCAAUACCAAUAGAGGGAGCUGCGGAAUGGCCCGGCUGCUACCACAUUGCAGGGGAUAACAACCCUCAGGCUGUGAAGAGAGCAGCAAACAACAUCUGCUCCUUACUGAGGAAAAAUGAGAGUAAGGACAGCAGCACUGCCCCGGGUGUUCCCUUGGACAUCAUCCAGUGGGACAUCUGCAACCUGCCUCUCCGGACUGGCUCUGUGGACAUCGUAGUGACAGACAUGCCCUUUGGGAAGAGGAUAGGGUCAAAGAAGAAGAACUGGGAUCUCUACCCGGCCUGCCUGAUGGAGAUGGGCCGGAUCUGCACCCCAGGGACAGGCAGGGCUGUGCUGCUUACCCAGGACAAGAAAUGCUUUGCCAAGGCCUUGUCACGGGUGGGACACAUCUGGCGCAGAGCUCAGACGGUGUGGGUGAACGUGGGGGGACUCCACGCUGCAGUGUAUCUGCUGCGGCGCACCUGGGAGAGAGCAGAAGAGAGAAGGUCCUUCUGGUAAACUGCCUGGAAGAAGACACACCUCCAGAAUUUGUUGAAUGGCCAUUUGGUAAAGCAGACACCACAGAGCUUGGGUCUGUCAGUUCCAAACCCAGACAACCUAAGUAGAAAUUGUGUCACACAAAUAUUAAACCAGGGAUCAACUUGAGAGCUGCCAGUUGUACUGUGUGUUCUGAAAACUUGUUAUUUAAAUCACCUCUCCUCCUUGCCACCCAAACUGAAAUUCAGUUGUGGGAUUAGUAACGCUUUCCAUGGCCCGAGUCUUCUAUAUUUUUCAGUUAAAUAUUUAUUCCUCUGCUUACAGUAGAAAACAUGUUGAGGCAGCUCUGAAGGUAACAGUUUACCAAACUGUAGAAAGCUUACAUGUGUCUUAAAAUGACUAACAGGACUACUAAGACUGUCACCUUGAAGGGUUCAGAGGUAGUAUUUCUCUAGUGUGGGAUAUUUCCAAAUUGAAGUUUUCUAAUUUAUACCAUUGCUCAAAUGUAAACGAAGAAAAUAAAACAAUAUCUGGGUUUUAUGGUCUGAUAAGCAAAUUCCAGUUAGUAAACAAUAUGCUGUGCUACUGAUUCUCUUGCCUGUUACCUCACCUUAGUGCUAAUUACCAGUAAAUGUCUAAUCCAUAUUUUAAUGUUCCACUGUCUUGGCUGAGGGGGUAACUCACACAGCCUUAGCAAACCGCCUGUAGUUACUGUUUGAGAACAAAGAUACUUUUAGCAGCUAUAUUAACAAGUUUGUGUUUCCAGUGUCUACUGUGGACACAUCAAAGCGGCAGUGUUUGAAUUUCUUAGGUGAUUUAACUGUCAUAGUUAUGCUGCCACAGUAUUUACAAAACUAUAUUCCCUGUCCACUAACUUGAAGUUGCAAAUAAUUUUUCUUCUCUAAACAUACUGUGAUUUUUCAAGCCUCUUACUCUGCUCAGCAGAGGCUGAAAACACAUUACUGGUUUACCCUUUUCAUUACAGUGUGUUCAUGCUAAGUACUUGUAAGUGUUCAGAGGUGAAUUAACAAGUAUUAAAGUUUUAGAAGUUUUGCAUAAGAGA